CAAAACAUAAUUCUAUACUAAAAAAAUAUUAAAUUGUAGAAUAGCAUAUAACCGUCAAUUUUAAAAUGUAACGCUUGAAAACGUAAAGCUAAUAACCUGUGUAGUUGAUGGCUUGAUGCUCAACCAAAAAAGAAAAAAAUUUUAUCUACAUCGUGAUUUUACCAUAGACUCUAUAAUAUAAAUUAUAGAGUCUAUGGGUUAACGUGAUAUUUACAGAUCUGCCCCCGAUAACAGUUAUAGCUGAUAAGAAGAAUGAAGUAGUCAGAAGCACGGGUUUAGACAACGGUUUGAAGUCUGUAGGAACUACGGAGCCAGAUGCAUUGUUUUUUAUAUCAUGAUACUACGAAAACCUACAAAUUUUAUCCAAAUCAAUUAUCUGGUAUAAUAUUUUGUACUUAAUAUUAUUUUGGUUGUGAUCAUACAAGUUAAGUUCAAAGUAAAAAUACACAUUCACUAUAUAUGAUGUUGUGAUGUGAUUGGUUAUCGCACAUCAGGUUUGUGAUAGUUUUGAAGGAAUAAUUUGCACUUUGGUGUUGUAACCAAUCUGAAAUGUUAAACACAAUAUUAAAUACAAAAACAUAGUGAAUGACAUAAAUGAAGAACUUAUUGGCUGAUAGUGUAAUUCUUCGAACUAAUUCAUCAGUGUUUCAGUUAUAGGUUAAAUAACUACACAAAUAUGGAUAGUCAAAAUCAGCAUUUGGUUGACCAUAAUUAUAAUUUUGAAGGAGUCAAGUUUCCAUACCAAAUAGUAGACCAUGAUUAUGCCUUACCAGUCAUUAAUAUAGAUGAUGAUGAAGGUGUAGAAGAUUUUCCUGAUGAAGAAGAUUUUCCUGAUGAACAAGUCAAUUUUGAAGAACCAACAGUAUACCGAAUUCUCCCCGGCGUUCAACGCAACACAAAAAUAUAUGUUGAUAAUGCUGGUUAUAAAUAUUAUAAAAAAAAGUUUCUAAUCAGUACAAUUACAUUAAUAUGUGAGCGACAGAGAAAUCCAAGCCGCCCGAUGUGUUAUGGUACAGCAACAGUCAGUCGAGACGAGACAGAUAAUCGAAUUACAAUUAUGACUCCUCAUAAUCAUGAGCCUUUAGUAAUUGACAUGAAUGUAUCAUUAUUGAGAGAUGCUCUCGGUGAAAGAUGUCUUGAUCCGGUUAGAACACAGUCUGUUCGGAGUAUUUAUAACAGUGAAAUAACUAAGCAUCAAGAUGCGGCUAAAAAGUACACAUUUAAACAAACACAAGCAAGAGUAAAAAGAAUGAGAAGAUUACGACUACGGCGAUUAGAAUGCCAGGAAUGCUGAUUAUUGUUAAUAAUUAGUUAGUAGAAUUUCAACAGCUUAUAAAUGAUCUCUCGAUUAAAGAUGGUACAUGCAGAUACGAACACGAAUACUACCAGGUUGAUUAGGGAAUGUGUACCAACAGACUAAUGGAUGCAGUGAUUUGUUAAAAUUUCUGAGGAGAACUGGUCAUCAUAAUGAUGAUCUUGUUCACCAAGUCCCCUCGACUUCACACAGACUGCAGCUGUAAGAGUCCAGACAAUUUACUGCCAUUGUGGCGGCACCGCCAACAUAGAAGAAUUUUACCGCCAUUACAGCAGUGAGUGGGGACCUUUAAACAGCUGCUUGUGUUGAAGGUGUUGAGUUCUUAAAUUAGAUAUUGAAUAAUAUAAAAUAUAACAUUAUGUAAAUUACGAUGAUAGCCAACAUAACUCAUUCUACUGCAGAAAUAACAAAUUAAUUUGAUUAAUUAUUAAAAAAUAUUUAUAUUUAAUAUGUACUUAACACCAUCUACCACUGAGAAAGAGUACUAAUAACACACUACUUUGUAUUAGAAAAUCUAGGUGUUUAUUGAUUUUAAUUUUAGUAUUUUAUAAUUUAAUUACUCAUAAAAAACCUAGUAAUGUCCAAUUUCCUACAGAGAUGAACAAAUUGUUGGUAUUCCUUUAGAUUAUUGGUUUAGCAAAUAUUAACAUCUAAUAUUAUUUAUACUGCCAUAUAAGAUACAAAGAUAUGUAAUAUGUAAAGUAGUAUUUUCUAUCCACGAUUUGCCCAUACAGCCCUUACCUCUUAAGUAUUGCACCAACUGUUUUAGAAUAAAAACUACUAUGUUUCAAAGACAAAUUUUCCUAGGCCAAAUCCAGGUGAAGUGUCAAAUAAAUGACUGGUUGCAAACAUUUACUGUAUUCUAAUUCAGGGGUCGGCAACCUUUUUUAUGUCAAGGGUCAAAAAAUAAAUAUACAUUUUUCACGGCCCACAAUUUGAAUAUACUUAUUCUUUAUCACUUAUUCUCAACAAAAACGUACAGUCAUAUGCUCAUAUCAAAUUUGGUGUAUUUAAGUUCAUAAUUAUUAGUAUUAGGUUAGGUAUAUUAAUUCUACAUAGUGUCUAAUAUGGUAACAAUGUUUUAAUCCACUGUUUCCAGUCCACAGUAUAUAGGUAGUUUGUGGUUUUUAUUUAUUUUUUUUUUACUCCCGGCCUACGUACAAUAUUGGUAUAUGAGUUGCAUACUUGCGUGCAAAGCUCGAGGGCCGCGCGUUGCCGACCACUGUUCUAAUGGGGGAAACCCCCUCUAGAUUUAAAGAUUUUGUUUCAUUUUCAUUAAUUAGUGUGCUCAACUAUUUUUUUUUACUAAUUCAAAUGAACGUAAAACCACGAUGUAAACCAAAGAGUUUUUUUAUA